CUUUCCUGGAUAUUGUCCCCUACCCUUCCCCUUGCCAGCAAUGAACAGCACUCUCCUGCGCCGGGUCGCUGCACGCGCACCCCUGCGCCGGCUCUACACUACGCCCUCCAACCACAACCUCGAGAUCCUUGACCACGCGCUGACCAAGGUCAACGAGCUCGGGUGGACCCGCGCCUCCGUCAUCGCCGCCUGCCAGGACCUGGGCUACUCGUCCAUGGCCCACGGUGUCUCCGAGUCAGGCGGGCUCGGCCUGGUCCGCCACUUCAUGGACCGUGCGCUGGACGAAACCACCAUUGAGGUCGACGACCAGCUGCACGAGUUCGAUAGCACCAACGACAAGCUGCGGUUUAUCUGCAUUACGCGUCUGCGCCAGACCCUGCCGUACGCAAACCGCUGGCAUGAGGCUGCGGCGCUGCUGGCGCAGCCGCAGAACGUGCCCACCGCGAUUGACCAGAUGGGCAAGCUGGCGAGUCGCAUCUGGUAUUUGGCUGGCGACCAGAGCGUCAGGCUAGACUGGUAUGCGAAGCGGUCUGCCUUGGCUGCCGCCUAUGUGGCCACGGAGAUGUACAUGUGCGAGGAUAAGUCUCCCGACCACGCCCACACAUGGCGCUUCCUGAACAGGCGCAUUGAGGAGAUGGGCAAGGCCGACAAGCUCUCCCAGGGUGUGGCCGCCUACGGCACGCAGUUUGGCCGCAACCUCUACAACAUCCUGGCAUCGCGUGGCUUCGUCCCGCACCAGUAGACUUGAAGAACCGUGAAUACAUUGGGGAUUUUUUUCAACAUGAAAAGUACAUGCAAGA